UUACAGUAAUAGUUGCAGAUAAUGUACUGGUUAUUACUUAUUAAUCUAUAUCUAGAUUUAGUUUUAAUGCAUAUGAUUUUACUAUAUACCCAAUCUCAACUUGCAUUUGAAUGUGGAAGGGAUAAAAGAUAAAACACUAGUGCAAAUACAGCAAGAUCUAGGAAUUGGCCAGUCUUUAAUUCUUUAAUGAAAGUCCAAAGUUUGUCGGGUUUUCAGUUUGAAUUUCAUCCGUUAACGAUUAACCUAAUUAUUACUAUAGUGUACUAUUUAUUAUCUAUUUUUUGCAUAUUAUUAUCUUCAUUCACAAUUCUAUGAAGCUGUUGAGACAAACAAGUGAUUGAUUGAAUUUUCCCCUCAUAUUUAAAGAGAGUGGUAUGGAUGGUAUCAACAUAUUUACUAAAGAAAUGUUGAACAAUAAAUUACACGAGCAGUUGGCCUGUUGUCACUUGAAGAUAUUUUUGUCACCAACGAAGACGUAGUGUGGUAACAUAAUACCUUUGCACCCGUGUAUCUAUAAUACUGUAAUAUGUGGACUCCGGUAUCGUUUACAAGUGACAAUAGUGUUCCACCAUCAAGAUCCAAGCAUAGCGCUGCUGUUCACGGUAACCACAUUUAUGUGGUCGGCGGUCGGAAUGGCAAUUGGCCCCUUAAAGACAUAUGGAGAUAUGCCCUGUCGAAUAACACCUGGGAACAGUUGCACCCGACAGGAGAUACAUUGCAAAAUUUGCAAGAACAUACAGCAGUCGUUUAUCAAGACAAGGUUUACGUUUUCGGCGGAGAAGUAGGAUUUUCAUCUGCCUCUGAGUCUCCACUAUGGUCUUACAGUAUUAAGGAUAAUUUAUGGAAAAAAGUUAAAGGAAAAUCCGGUUCAAAUGUACCAAAAGGUAGAAGAGGUCAUACUGCAUUAGUAUACAGAAAUUCAAUGAUUAUUUAUGGAGGAUAUAGAGACUUAAAAGGAUCCACAAAUGAAAUGUGGGCUUUCCACUUCGAUACUGAGUCAUGGCAUUUACUUUCUCAAGGAAGAGUACUUCCACCAGCGAGACACAAACAUUCAGCAAUCAUACAUGACGAUAUAAUGUGGGUAUAUGGCGGAAUGACCGAUUUACAUGAAAGAUCAGAUUUGUGGAAAUUUGAUUUUGUGAAGAAAAAAUGGAGUGUCUUGAAGACCAAAGUAAAUCCAGGUUUAUUGCAUGGCCACAGUGCUUCUAAAGUGAUGGGUUCUAUGAUUAUUUUUGGCGGAAAAAAAGGAGGACAGUUUAGUAAUGAUUUGUGGAAGUUUUAUUUUGCUACCGAGACUUGGGAGAAAGUACACACUACCUAUCCGCAGCCUCCGCCGAUCUGCGAAGCAGUAACGUUAACGGUGUCGGAAACGACGUCAACCUCGGCGACCAAGAGCAGUCGCGAGAACGGCGUACAGUCGCCGAUUGUGGUUCGGCGGUCCAGAAGUGGCCGGUCCGCGGACAGACAACAACAUAGCGGCAGUGGUGACCGGGAUCACAGCGGUCACCUACAUCAGUUUCAUCAUCAGUGCAGAUCCGAGUCUCGGGCGUCGUCUUUGGGUGGUUCGAAUGUAAACAUCCUGAAAGAGAUAUCGAAAUUGUCGCAACUCAACCUGUACCGGCUUGCGCAUAACAAGACUUACAGUGUUCUGAGUAGCACGGACAGCGUGGUUUCAGCCGAUGCUUCACAUGUGCAGCAACAACAGCAGAACAUGGUCAAGUCUCAGUCAGCGAACGUUAUCGCUCGAUCGUUGAUAUCGCCGGUAGUGUCGAACGCGUCACCGCCAGGCUACAAGUCAUCGUUCCCACCGUGUAGGAUGCCCCGAGAUCCGAUGUCCGUGCCAAAUUUCGGCGUGGCCCUAACCCCUGUCGAGGCCACCAAACUGGUGUACCUUGAGGGCGAGGAGGCGCCGAGCCCGCGCGUCGAAUUUGAUCACGAUUUUGGAUCCGUGCAUAUGCGUUUUCAUCCCAAUGGGCCGCUGUCGUCCGGGUCGUCGACGCUUAAUAACAAGACGCUCAACCGCCGUAGCUAUCCGAUGACCAGUUCCGCUUCCGCCCGGUUUGGCAACCCGUACAGCACGCCUGAAGAACCGGGCGAAAUCACUUCUGGGUAUGUCAGCAUUGAGACAGUGCACCAGUCACCUAACAGUGGCGACGGGCCUAUGUGUUUCUCCAACCCUAACUACAUGGUGGCUGACAUACAAAACGCCAUAUCCAAAGGUGAUUACGUUAAGCUCAACAGUCCGCCGGACAGCCUGUUGGAGGACAGCGACAACGCGUUUGAAAUGCGUGACAUGAACCGUCCUGCGCCGCCCAAGACUCUUGCGCUCAACUCGUCGACGGCGUUCAAUUCGAGCUCGGACGUCCGGUCGUCGACAAAAGCGGCGCGGGCAGCGAGCGCUGGACGGGCGUCGGCCAUUGGUCGCGGCAGUGGCGGCACGGUUGUCGAGAACCAUCAAGUCAAAGAGUACGCGGUAUACCUUUUGGGCGGCACAGAACGCGACGGUUCCGUAACCGUGUUCAAAAAACCUAUGGCCGUGUGGAAGCUCAGCAUGUUCUUCAGGAACGUACAGUGAUGUUGAGACCGCAACAGUAUAUCUAAUAAUAUGUAUCUGGGAAGGUGCUGGGGAGUGGGGGGGGGGGGUCGGGGGUAUGUAAAGCGAUCGUAAAAUUCGUAAUUGAUAAUACGUUAUUAUUAUCGUUUACCGACUGGUAGACGAGGUUAGCUACUAUUUAAAUACUUUGUAUAGUAGGUACAGAGCACGAAAACUUGCGACCUACUGCGAACGCGUUAACGAAAUCACGAAAACCGGUACGACUCCGCCACUACCGGUGAACCGUGGUCGGUGGUUUUUACUUCCUGAAAAAAUGCGUGUCUCAUCGUGUCGUGUAACUUUAUUACUUAUAGCGUUUUUAGGUUUUUCGUAUUAUUUAUUUUAUUAUUAAUAUUACUAUUAUUAUGACUAUUAUCAUCAAUGUCGUGAAGUUUUCCAUACAGUUUUCUAAACGACGUUAAGUUUAAUUUAAGAUUAUUACGUCCAUUUACCAUAACACUAAAUUGUUUUCCACAAAUCGUUAUCUGCAACGUUCGUGCCCGGGAAAAAGUAAUUGCGUAAAAUGGAUUUUGUCCGUCCGGCGUCAUAGCGUCCGUCCGUCAACAGAUACGACUCAAAUUUAGGAACUCGUCAGACGAAUACUUUACGAAACGAUGAUUUAUGUAACAUAACAAUAAUUAAUUAGAUGCCCUAAGGAUUUUUCUUUUUUUAAUACUUUUUAACGAUACCAUGUAAUUUUAACACAAUUAUAUACAAAUAUACAAUUAUUAUAUCGCAGUUGUAAUGAUACAUCAUACAUAUAUAGGUAAAGUAGAUGUAAUGAGCGUGAUUUUUGCAUGCUAAUAAAAUGUGCCAAAAAUCAAAAAAUUGACUAUAAUUAUUUUAUUAUUGUUAAGAACUAUUAUUAAAUUGAUUAAAACAUCUUCUGUUAGUUUAAAUAUAAUAUAAAAACCACAUGUGCCAUUCGUCAUAUUUCUGUUAUACUCUAUGUCGAUGUCCAGUUUAAACCUUUUUAUACUUUUUUCUUUCUGAACAGUGACUGAAAUCCUGCCAUUUUUAUCGUUCGUAUUAAUUAAAAACUUAAUAUUUUUUAACUGUGUUGUCGGAUAUAAAAUUAUGUCUCGUUAUUCAAGUGGUAUAGAAUGAAAUGCAGUGUUUAUAUUAUACUAUAUUAUAGUGAGUUUCAUUGGGUUAAAAUAUCUUACAAUGAAAUAAAAACGAUUUUAAUUCUAUUAUAGUAUACCUACUGUUUUCCGAGCCAAAUUUUUAAUUUGUAUUCAAGUAUUUACUUUAAUUUAUGUACUGCUGAUUAAUUUAAAAAUUAAAAAUAAAAGUAAUAAAUACAUAUAACAAAUAUUUCAUAGAUUUCAAAUAUAGACAAUUAUAAAUAAAUCAUCCUAUAAUAUAUAUACACACAUAUAUAUAUUAUAGUCAUACUUUAAAUAUUUCUAUAGUGUAUACUAUUAUUAAUUAGAAAUAAUUUUUCAAAUACUGACUAAAAAUCUACAACCAUAACUCAUAAGGAAGGUAAAGUGUUUUUAAGUAUACCUACUCGUAUAUAGUAAUGAAACAUUUUGUAUUUAUGAACACAGUAAUUUAGAAAAAAAUAUUUUAUCAACUCAUUUCCAUACUUACUGUUUACUUAUUGAUUGUUAAUUAUGGAUAUUAAGAAAUUUAAAUAAUAAAUUGUAUUCAUUUUUGUUUGUUUCAGUUAUCUUUUUUUUAUUUUGCUAAUAGUAUGAAACUACUUUUUGUUGUUUAUUAAAAAUUUAAAAUACGUAAUUUUUAUUGAAGUAAUUAGUAUUUUAUAUUUAUAAAACAAAUAUUUAAUUACUUUCACGAUUAUAUAAUUAUCAAACAUAUAUUACGAUUAACAUUAUCAGGAUUGUUUUUUUUUUUUUUUUUAAUUGUAUAUUUAGUUUUAAUAGAUUGUGCCAUUUGCGAUAUACUGCCUAUAGAACGAAACAUCAAAAUUAUAUAUCUACGUAAUAUUACUUAUUAUUAUCAUUAUAGCGUUGUUUAUCGUGUAAUAUAAUAUUAUAUUUAAAUAGUGCAAUAUUAAAAUAUAAAUGGUGACGUAUAUAACUAAGCGGAGAAUAAAUAUAAAAUAAGAGCAAAAUGUUUAUAUCGACUAUAAUAAUUAUUUGAUUGAACUAUUUUUGAUACAUUUAUCUAUACAUUCUAUACAUAUGUACAGAAACAUGUAGUAUACUUAUAUAAUACAAUUAUUAAACAGUGUACUGAUUUUUACCUAGCUUGUCAAAAUAUGGAACCAUUUAUAUAGAUAUUUUUCAAUUAAUUUUGUGUUUUUAUUAUAUUUUUUGUUUAUUAUUUUAAUGAUUAUAACAUUUUACUGAUUACCAAUAUUAUACUUAUUACUUUAGAUUACCAAAAUACGAGUGCAAUAUAAAUAUAUAGUUUUUAUACGUGAUUUUCAACACUUUAUACGUUAAAAAAAUUGUCUAAAAUGUACUAUAUGCCAAAUGAAUAUUGUUAAUUUAUUGUUUGAUUAAAUAUUAAUGUAAUUUAUAAUAUAUAUAUUAUAAUUUCCACGAGAGUGAGUAAAUUAGUACAUACGUUUAUGAUUAAGAAAGCUACGAUUUUUAAUAUUUUUUUUUAAGUAAAAAAUAUUGUUUGUUUCAUUUAGUUUAAACAUUUUUUAAAGACUAUGCUAUUGUACGUGUAACUGAUGUCCAGAGACCAAAAUUAAUAUAUCGCAUAUUAGAUAUAUAUACUUGAUAAAUAUUUAUCAAAAAUAUAAACAAACAUUAUUUUUAAUUUUUUUUUUUGUAAACUCGGUCCAAGCCAUUUAUCAUAAAUAAAAAUUGAUAACACUUUUUAUAUCCGACAAAAUUUAUAGUGAUUUACCAUUUACAUAAAUAAGCAUGUUUCUAUUUGACUGGUCUCUGGGUAGUUUUAUACGAUGUAUUCAUAAUGUUGUGAUAAAUUAGUAAAUAAGUAAGUAACCUAUACCUACCCAGAACAUUUUUUUUUUGUGUUUUUUCAUAUUGUGUUGUUUUAAGUAAACAUUGUUUAUUGGUAAUAAUUAACUUAUACAACAUUACAAUUAUACCUAUACUUUAUACAAGAGUAA